UCUCAACUUCAUCUAUACUAUAAUCUCCUGGGAUUUUCCUUACUACCCAACAUUAUAUUCAUUCACAUAUUUUUCAAAUUAACCAACAAACAAACACAACAACAACAACAUCAUCAUCGACAAUUCAUUUCAAGAAAAGCAGAAAAAUAAAAAGAGAAACAGCUUCUGAAACGAUCGAGACUUAAAAUUAAGAAGAAAUUUGGAGCAAUUUUCUCUCGAAAAUUUCACAUGUAAGAAUGCAUGAAAGCAGGAAAGAAAAAAUGGUUUAAAAAGUGCAGGCUCAAAUUUUGGAUUUGGUACAGCAUGGAUCUGAUGUGGCAGUCCAAUCUUCAGUUUGAACAAGCAACGACCGAGGAUUAGAUAUGCUCCGCAAAUAAAGCCUUCAACAAUUGGGCAGAAUCAAUAACACUACUUACAUAGAUUUACAAUAACGAUGAUUUCAAAUUCAUGUUCUUCCAGUGUUAAUCCGCAAUCCCUUCUUAUAAAUUUCACCCAUCUAUACCAUUUUCCUUCAAUUCAAUCAUUAUCCCCUUUAUUAACUAGAACUACAACAAUCAAGAAACAGCGCUCUCUUUGUAUUCCCAGGUUUUCUUCGCAUCGUGCAUUAUCUUUAUCGGCAUUUAAGAAAGAGGAUCAAUUAGACACAAUGACAAUCAAAUCGGCGGUUCGAAUCUUAGAUCGGAAACUAAUCGUGAAGGAUCGCACAAUCGUGACCGGAGUACCGGACAAUGUGAUAACAACUUCUGGUUCGUCCUCAGGUCCGGUAGACGGAGUCUUUCUUGGAGCAGUUUUCGAUGCGGUAAAUAGCCGCCAUGUGGUGCCUCUGGGCACUUUACGUGAAGUCCGGUUCAUGGCCUCUUUCCGGUUCAAGCUUUGGUGGAUGGCUCAGAAAAUGGGAGAUCACGGAAGGGACAUUCCUCUGGAGACGCAGUUUUUGCUAGUUGAGACUAAGGAUGGGUCCCACCUCGAAUCGGACGAUGGAAACGAAGAGAAUCAGAUCAUUUACACCGUUUUCCUUCCUUUGAUUGAAGGAUCUUUCAGAGCUUGUUUACAGGGGAACACGAACGAUGAGCUCGAGCUUUGUUUGGAAAGUGGUGAUGAGGACACCAAAGCGUCGUCGUUUACACAUUCUUUGUUCAUUCACGCCGGUACGGAUCCGUUUGUUACGAUUACCGAUGCGAUAAGGGCGGUUAAGUUGCACUUGAAAACUUUCCGUCAACGGCACGAGAAAAAAUUGCCUGGGAUCAUUGAUUAUUUUGGGUGGUGCACCUGGGACGCGUUUUACCAGGAAGUGACUCAAGAAGGGGUCGAGGCUGGGCUUCAGAGUUUAGCCGCAGGUGGGACCCUUCCAAAAUUCGUGAUCAUUGACGACGGAUGGCAAUCAGUUGGUGGUGACCCACCAGAGGAAGCCAAAUCCAACGAUCAAAAAGUGAACAAACAGCAGCCGUUGCUUAGGUUGACUGGGAUCAAAGAAAAUUCGAAAUUCCAAAUGAAAGAUGAUCCAAUGGUGGGGAUAAAGAAUAUAGUAAACAUAGCGAAACAGAAGCACGGGUUGAAAUACGUUUACGUAUGGCACGCGAUCACAGGAUACUGGGGUGGGGUCCAUCCAGGAGUGAAGGAGAUGGAGAGAUACGACUCGUUGAUGAAAUAUCCGAUGGUGUCAAAAGGGGUGACAGAGAAUGAACCAACAUGGAUGAAUGAUGCAAUGGCAGUGCAGGGAUUGGGGCUUGUGAAUCCAAAAAAUGUGCACACAUUUUACAAUGAGUUGCAUAGUUAUUUGGCGUCUGCGGGUAUAGAUGGGGUUAAGGUGGACGUGCAGUGCAUAUUGGAGACGCUGGGCGCUGGUUUGGGAGGAAGGGUGGAGUUGACUAGGCAGUAUCAUCAGGCUCUUGAUGCAUCUGUGGCUAAGAACUUCCCGGAUAAUGGGUGCAUUGCCUGCAUGAGCCAUAAUACUGAUGCUUUAUAUUGCUCGAAACAGACGGCAGUGAUGAGAGCGUCAGAUGAUUUCUUCCCGCGGGACUCAGUGUCACAUACCAUCCACAUUGCUGCAGUGGCUUACAACAGUGUUUUUCUAGGAGAAUUUAUGCAGCCUGAUUGGGAUAUGUUCCACUCCCUCCAUCCAGCUGCUGAAUAUCACGCAUCUGCUAGAGCCAUUAGCGGUGGCCCUGUCUAUGUCAGUGAUGAGCCUGGGAAGCACGACUUCAAGGUAUUGAAGAAGCUGGUCCUGCCUGACGGCUCAAUUCUUCGAGCCCGUUUGCCUGGCCGCCCUACCCGUGACUGUUUGUUCUCUGACCCCGCCCGUGAUGGUGUCAGCUUGUUGAAGAUAUGGAACAUGAACAAAUACACAGGGGUCCUAGGAGUCUACAAUUGCCAAGGGGCAGCUUGGAACCGCGUUGAAAGGAAGAACACAUUCCACCAAACGAAAUAUGAGGCUAUAACAGGAGCCAUAAGGAGCCGCGAUGUCCACCUCAUUGCUGAAGCAGCCACUGAUUCCAGCUGGAACGGUGACUCUGUUAUUUAUGGCCAUAGAACCGGAGAACUUACUACUCUUCCUUACAAUGUAUCAAUGCCGGUGUCACUCAAAGUUCUUGAGCAUGACAUGUUCACUGUAACACCCAUCAAGGUUUUAGCACUCGGAUUCAGCUUUGCACCCUUUGGGCUCAUAGACAUGUACAAUGCUGGUGGAGCCAUUGAGAGGCUUAAAUAUGAAGUGAAAGGAGGUGCGAAACUAUCAGAGUUUGAGGAAGGAUAUAAGGGUGAAAACAGUGGCGUAAGUGAUGAGAGAGUAGAAAAUUGCAACAGUGAAUUGGUUGGGGAAGUGUACAUGGAGGUUAAAGGGUGUGGCAGGUUUGGUGCUUAUUCGGCAACUAAACUAAAGAAGUGCAUUGUGGACUCAAACGUGGUUGAUUUUAUGUAUGAUUCAUCUGCUGGUUUGUUUACUUUUUGCUUGGAUAGCUUGCCUGAUGAAGGUAAACUUCAUGUCGUUAAGGUUGAGCUGUAGAUUAAUAUUGGUUUGGCUUCAUUCUUUUUAGCUUAGAUAGCUUGCCUGAUGAAGCUGGUAAACCUCAUGUUGUUGAGGUAUGAGUUGUAGUUUAUUAUGUAUUGGAUAGAUGCUAGGGAAUUCAGGAAUCAUUUUUCCCUUCAAUUUUCUUCCUUCUUUCAGGUCCAGGAGUUCAUAGAGUGAUGUAAUUUAUAGUUGGAAGGGAAUAACUGUAAACUAUCUGAACAUCAUCAACAUUCAUUUCAUGAUACUCUAAGCAUUAAGCUGCUAAA